GGCUGUGAUCCACCUCGCGACCAGCACCAACAACAACCGACCUCCUACCAUCCUUGUACGCGCCGCGACCCUUUUCUCGUCACUCACUUACAUCGUCUUGACGCACUCGAUCACAAGUCAAAGACUUUUUAUCUAAAAGCCGCAUCUACCCACCAUGUCGACCGCAACAGCGACGGCGAUUCAGAGCUCGCGCCCUCCCAUCGCUUCCAAAGACUUCUCCGCUCAGCAACCACAAACCAUUCGUCUAUAUCCUCUCUCGAAUUAUACGUUCGGGACCAAGGAGACGCAACCCGAGGAAGAUCCCUCCGUCCUGGCCCGCCUGAAACGCCUCGAAGAACACUACGAGAAAUAUGGCAUGAGACGUACCUGCGAGGGUGUUCUUGUGUGUCAUGAGCAUAACCAUCCGCAUGUGCUCAUGCUGCAAAUUGCGAACGCCUUCUUCAAGCUACCCGGAGACUACCUUCCCUUCGAAGACGACGAGGUCGAAGGGUUCAAGAAGCGGCUGAACGAGCGGCUUGCGCCCGUCGGAUCGCAGUUCUCCGGCGAGGGCGUCAACGAGGACUGGGAGAUCGGCGAUACUCUGGCGCAGUGGUGGCGGCCCAACUUCGAGACGUUCAUGUACCCAUUCCUGCCCGGCCAUGUGACUCGACCCAAGGAGUGCAAGAAGCUGUAUUUCAUCCAGCUGCCCAAGAAGAAGGUCCUCUCCGUCCCGAAGAACAUGAAGCUUCUCGCCGUGCCGUUGUUCGAAUUGUACGACAACACUGCGCGGUACGGGCCGCAACUAUCGGCGAUCCCGCACCUGCUGUCCCGGUACAACUUCGAGUUUGUGGACGAGAACGACAACGUGGUGGCCGCGACGCCAGGCACACCGCUGCCGGAGGGCCACGCGCUCCGGACUAAGGUGCUGGCGGGCGACAGUGGUGAUGGGCAGGAUGAGGGGAUGACGGAUUACACUCCUGAGGGUGGGGAAAAUGGCACGGUCGCUGCGUGAGGGUCAUUGUGAGUUCUUUCCGAGGCUCGACAACCAAGG